GCACUGACAGGGACGUCGCCAUCUGGCUGGGCCGCACGGAACGCCAUGUAUAUUUGACUAAUUAUCAGCAAGAUGACUGAGACAUUGCCUGAUGUCCCUCCCUCUUCUCUUGUCAUCCAGUCCAAGACUCAUAAAGACACUAUUUUGACUAACUUUGAAGAACAAAGAAAAAGGGACUUUUUAUGUGACAUCACUCUGAUUGCUGAGGAUGUUCACUUCAAAGCCCACAAAGCGCUGCUCGCUGCCAGCAGCGAAUAUUUUUCUCUUAUGUUUGCUGAUGAGAACCAGCAAGGCCAAGCUAUCUAUAUGCUUGAUGGAAUGGCUGCAGACACCUUCAGCGCUGUGCUGGAAUUCAUAUACACUGGUCGUCUGAAUGUCACAGAAAGAUCUAUUGAGCAUAUUGUGACUACAGCUGAGGUUCUGAAAGUGAAUGAUUUGAUCAAAGCGUACUCAGACUAUCAAGACAACCAUUUACAUGUUAAGGUAUCGCUGGCUUCCAAUGGAAUUAAAGUAGUAGUUGUGGAACCCAGUGUUGAUGAUGAUCAGCCUUCAAAGCCAAAACGCAAGAGGGGAAGGCCUCGAAAAUGUGAGCAAGUGCAAGUAGAAAGGAAUGAUGUUGACAGUAGGGCCCUAAAUGACCCACAGGAACAUCAAAGCAAACUUGUACAACCCACAGAAGAAAUAAAUUGUAAAAUGAACUGUAAGGACAACAGUGAAGGAAGACAAAGGAGUAAGCCCUCAGAAUCGGAAACCUGUCCCGAUAUUGAGACUGACGCAGACUCCCAGUCACAAGAAGGUUAUGAACAUAGAAUAGCAGCAUUGGUGGGUCGCAGCCGCUAUAGCAACCGUAGAAUUCAAAGGCCCAUUAAGUUAAUGGGGUACAAGCUUGGCAUGGUAGAGGAAGAAGAGGAGAAAGCAAGGAAGCGAGGUCGGAAGAGAAAGUAUCCAGAAGUAGAAGCUAGAUGUGAAGACUGUGACAAAGUGUUUAAGAAUCACCACUUCUUGACCAUACAUCGAAGGACACACACAGGUGAACGCCCCUUUAAGUGUUUUGAAUGUGGUAAAGGAUUUUCACAGAAGCACACGCUGCAAGUUCACGAGCGCAUGCACACUGGGGAGCAUCCUUAUCGUUGCACGGUUUGUGGAAAGUCUUUGACCACCAAGCAUUCUCUUUUGGAGCAUAUGAGCCUGCAUACAGGAAAGAAGGCCUUUAACUGUGAUCAGUGUGGAAAGCUUUUCACUCAGAAGAGACAACUGAAGAGCCAUUACAGAGUCCACACAGGUCAGUCUUUGCCUGAAUGUGCACAUUGUCAUCGUAAAUUCAUGGAUGCUGCUCAACUCAAGAAACAUGUGAGAACUCACACAGGUGAGAAACCGUUUACAUGUGAGAUUUGUGGUAAAUGUUUUACUGCAAAGAAUACCCUGCAGACUCACAUAAGAAUCCACAGGGGAGAAAAACCGUUUUCCUGUACUAUCUGUGGAAAAUGCUUUGCUGAUCCUAGUGCAAAAAGACGUCAUGAUGCUAUGCACACUGGAAACAAGCCGUUUGUUUGCUCAACAUGCAAUCAGCGAUUCACUCGCGCUGACAACCUAAGGUCCCACAUGAAGAUUCACAGCAAGGAGAGGAAAGCCCACGAAAUAAUUAAUGUUCCAGGUGUUAGUGGUACAGAAGAGGUGAAGACCAUCUUGCAGCUGCAGCAGUACCUCCCUACAACGGGUGAACAACAGAUACAGCUGGUGGUGACCAAUGAUGUUCAUAACAUAAAUUUCAUGCCCAACCAUGGGCAAAGCAUCAGCAUUAUUUCAGCAGAGGGGUCACAGAGUCUCCCUGACGAACAGACCUCAAACUUGGCUCUGCUAACUCAGCCAGCGGAGCACAUGCAGAAUUUGACUUUAGUAUCCCAGCCUGGGCAAACAGACCACAUUCAGGCCAUUGGCAUGGUGGAAAACCAGGAAGCUGCAGGACAGCCGGAGCAAAUGCAUGUGAUCACAUUGACAAAAGAGGAAGUAGAGCACCUCCAGGAUCAAGCUCAGCAACUGCAUAUAACGCAUGGGAGAUCACAGCCACUUAGUCUUGGGCAGGAGGCUACUCAGCCAGGUCAUUUGAACCAGGAAGAAGCUCAGCGCCUCCAACAGCAUCGAUCUGUACGUGCUUCUGAGCCGCCAUCACAAAGAAUCUCUGUGAACCAAGGCUCACAGCAAACGCAGGGAGAACAUAUUGCAGACCAGACAUUCCAACUGCAAGAAGGCAGUGUUUCUUACCUCUACACUACCAAUUUGGUCACACAGAACUAGGGAAAUCAAACUGCAGUUGAACUGUUUACUGAAAGCAGAACAUUUUUAAAUGACUAUUUAAAAUGGAAGUUAACUCGUAAUUUGAUUUUGCUCAGAUGCUUACACUCUCCAGUAAGAGAACAUAUAAAAUAGCACCAAAAUUUGCUAAUUUUAGGAAUACAUUUGUUAAUAUGUUCCAGAUUAUUUUCUCCUCCUUUGCUUUUACAUAUUUGAAUCUUUAGAAAUGGUACUGAGGUCUCACAAAGCAUUGUUCUAGAUUUUCUUAUCGCCCUCCCACCCAAAAAAGGAGAUAUAUGUACAUGAAUUCCAGGUGGAACAUCGUCAGUUAGUGCUACAUUUAACAUUUCUUUCAGCAACUUCUUUGUUCAAAGAAAACACCCUUUCAAUUGAUUUUGUCAGAUUAAUGCAAAGAUAUGUUUGAAUAUCAAUUGUGGAGCCUCAGUUAAAUGUUUCUGAGAGUUCUGUUGUGCCUUUUCUUAACCAAUGUACUUGAGACCUUGACAACAAAACCCUUGCUAACUCAAUCCUUAUUGCUGCUUUCCUUUGAGGAUUUUGAAUUAAAAUAUCAAAUAUGCUUUUUUAAUACUAGAAUUCUAAUUUAUGCAUAAAGUUUGAACUGUAAUUAUAUGUAAAUGAUUCAUGCAUCACAUGUUGCAAGAUACUUCUUAAAUGCAAAUUAUGAGCCUAACUUCUGUUUUGGAAGCCGAACAUUUUAAAACAACUCAAGAUUAAGAAGAGCAUUUACUUUGUUUAUUUCUUUGACCCUUCCUCUCUUUUUGUUGGGUUUCUGAGGUAGUAGUUCAGGUAAUCAAAGAUAUAGUAUUUUUUUUUAAAGAAAAGGUUAGAUUUUACAAAUAAAUUCAUAUUUUGCUUCUUA